GAGAUGGCGGCCCGCGUAGGUGCGAGCUCUCGCCACGGCGCCAAGAAGUGGCUGGCGUCUUUGUUCGGGGAGGCAGAGCAGGCGUCUUCAUCCAAGUCAGUAGCUAAGGAGCGACUGCAGAUCAUCCUGGCUCACCAGCGCGGCUCGCAGGUGCUGGCAGGUGUGGAUCUAGCGGCACUACAGAAGGAGCUGCUCGAGUGUGUUCAGCGCCACAUUAAGGUGGCUAACGGAGCCAAUAUCAACAUCGCAGUUAAGAACGAAGGACAGCUGGACAUUUUUGAGAUGCAGGUGCCCGUGGACGGAGACAAGGCGGUCGAAGGGAGGAAACCCAGACGGUAAAAUGCACAAGAAAUGAGGCUUCAAGAGCUGUAGGACAGCAGACUAUCAAAAGUCUUUUAAGAAAGAGAGAAACAAUCGCAUCUGACAAACUUCCAGUACAUA